GGAGCGCCACAGGCAAGGAGGGAGUGAUCGAGAGAGGGAAGUGGAAGGGAGAAAUCAGCAUAACAGCCUGAAUAGAGUGGUGUGCAGAACGAGAGUGGGACCGCAGAGGACAUGAGGUAAAACAGCCGAAACGACGAGAGAGAAUUAAAUAAAGGAAAAGAGGCAUCUGGACUGCACAGGAAAAGAAAAGUAAGAGGGGAUUUAGGGAAGGAGAAGAUCACUAGCCCAUGGUGUCGGACAGUUUAGCAUGUGACCGAUGAAACUGUUUUUUUCCCUGGGAGGCGUAAGAUAACUGUGUUGGGAAUCUCUGCACGUGUUUGCAUGCUUGUGUCAGGAAGAUACAAAUGAAGACGGAGCACCUGUUAUCCUGAGAGCUUACACACGGUGGGCAAUAUCUGCAGCAUUUUACCUAUCUGCACGCUGUUUGACCUUCCUUAGUCAGCAGGAGGAGUGUGACUGCAGAGAGAAAGAAGAGAGAAAGGAAGAUCGGCGAAGGGAAGGCGAGCCUACAGAAAAACACCCCGAAAGAGAGAUAAAGUGUUAAAGUGGACUUGCAGCUGAGGGAGUUGUUGCCGUGAUCAGUGCGCCCCGCGCUGUCCUUACAAUUUUUAGACCUGCUCGCCUCUCCUUGGAGCUCCUGUAGCGAUACUGUGGAUUGGAUUUUUGUCCGACUGAAAGCUUGGACCUUUAAUCAUCUACAAGCAACUCUGGUCUGGAUCUAUUGACUAAAAACUCAUCCGACAUCAACCCAGCUCUCUGAAAGGCCUGGAUUUAGUUUUUCUACCUUGUGAAAUGCAUUUCUGAACAUUUGAAGGUAUUUUCAAACGCUAGUGCCGUGAGUCUUUUUUCAAGAACGGACAUGUCAGACAAUCCUCAAGGGUGUUUUGGACCUGCUCCCAGGAUGGGAGAACCCAAGGCGGGGGAGGCUAAGGUAGGAGAGGGGAUGAGAAUGGGGGAGAGAGACGCCCCACUGAGGCUGUCGCCUUUCCGUAUGCUUCGAAUGCUGGAUUCAUGCCGCCCACCAGGAAACCGGAUCGGUAUCGUCCAUGAAAAUGUGAAGAUGGGUUCGGAUGGUGAAAGUGAUCAAGCAUCUGGAACAUCCUCUGAUGAGGUUCAGAGUCCAGUGAGGGUCCGCAUGAGGAACAAUCACCAUCGGCGCAUAUCUAAUGAGGACAUAAACAAGCGCUUGUCUCUCCCUGCUGAUAUCAGACUGCCAGAGGGCUACUUGGAGAAGUUUGCCAUGAACAGCCCGCCUUUUGACAAACCCAUGAGCCGCAGACUUCGACGCGCAUCACUGUCUGAAAUUGGCUUUGGGAAACUUGAGACGUACAUCAAACUGGACAAGCUGGGCGAGGGCACCUACGCCACAGUGUUUAAAGGCCGAAGCAAGCUGACUGAUAAUUUGGUAGCUCUGAAAGAGAUACGCUUGGAGCACGAGGAGGGCGCACCCUGCACAGCCAUAAGAGAAGUGUCUCUACUGAAAGACUUGAAACAUGCCAAUAUUGUCACUCUCCAUGACAUCAUCCACACUGAAAAGUGCCUGACUCUGGUGUUUGAGUACCUGGAAAAAGACCUCAAGCAAUAUAUGGAUGACUGUGGGAGCAUAAUGAGUAUUCACAACGUGAAGAUCUUCUUGUUCCAGCUUCUCAGAGGUCUAGCCUACUGCCACAAAAGGAAGGUUCUCCACAGAGACCUUAAACCCCAGAACUUACUCAUCAAUGAUAAAGGAGAGCUCAAACUGGCAGAUUUUGGUUUGGCUCGGGCAAAGUCUGUCCCCACAAAGACGUACUCAAAUGAAGUGGUGACAUUAUGGUACCGGCCCCCAGAUGUUCUCCUGGGCUCGACUGAGUACUCCACACCUAUUGAUAUGUGGGGUGUCGGCUGCAUCUUCUAUGAAAUGAUCACAGGCAGGCCUCUCUUCCCUGGGUCAACUGUGGAGGAUGAACUGCACCUCAUAUUUCGCAUUCUUGGUACUCCCACCGAAGAGACUUGGCCCGGGAUCGCUACAAGUGAAGAGUUUAAAACGUACAAUUUCCCCCGCUACCAUGCAGAACCCAUUGUCAACCAUGCACCCAGGAUAGACAGCGAUGGUCUGGACUUGUUGCUGAAGCUCUUACAGUUUGAAGCAAAGGAUCGUGUAUCUGCUGAAGAGGCUCUAAGACACUCGUAUUUCAGGACUCUAGGGGAGCACGUUCAAUCGCUGCCCGACACUGCUUCCAUCUUCUCUGUAAAAGGCAUCCAAUUGCAUAGAGAUCCAGGGAAGAGGUCCUCAAUUCACCCGGAGUCAACGGUGGCCCAUAAGCUAGGCUCUGCACCCUCGCAGUACUUCCAGAGAGAGGCAGCCAAUCCCAGGGCUCAGAGUCACAAUCUCUCCUCCACUUCCACUGGCUGACUGGGCCCUAACAAUCUGGCCAGGGGAAGAACAGGAGGCAGAGUGUGUUGUUUUAGUGCUUGUGUGGCGGUGAGAUGCGGAGGACAGUGACACGUGGAGCCGUCUCAUCAAAACCCCGACCCCGCCACACGCAUUCUGAAGGAGCAACGCACACCAUGCCACAUAAAGUCACACACUCCUACUAGAGGAAAAGAGACAUACACAUGCACACUCAUGCAGGAAAUGUGAUAACAAAACCACACAAAACCAUGGCUGAAGAUUUCUAACUUAUAGAUAAAGACUCAGUUCAACACGUUAAGAUGAAAAUAGUAAUUACAAAAAAAAAGUGUGAUGCUGGAAGAAAAGUGGGGGAAUAUAUGGUUCUCCUUGCUGCUACUACCACUGCUGUCCAGAAGAGGGCAGCGUUAUGAUGUGAGCUGACUCAGAUUUGAAACAGAACUUGCUGUAUCAGUGAGCUCUAGGAAGGAGUCAAAGUGAAGAUGAAUCAAAAGCAAAGAGUCAGAGGUGUCCACUCUCUGUUCAAAUUAUUGCUGUACAUAGACUAAGCUGUAGAACUCUUGCUUUUUUCAUAGCACACCUCAGCCUGAAUCCAAACUCUAAAGCAUUGCACCUCAACCCUAAACCUUGACCUAACCCCUUAAAUGAUCUUUCUGUUUAUUUUUUUUGUUUUUUUUUUUUAAAAUAUCUAUCUUAAAACACACUGACUCACACUGAUGACUCACUUGAAAAUGGCGAGUGUGUGGACAAUGGAGUUUACAGAGAUAACAUUUGCACCUUAUGGCCUAGCAGAGGUCAGGUUGGCUGUUUCUGUUACCUCAUCAGUCGCUCCAGCAGAGUAGGAUGCCACGUACAUGACUGAACAAGAAUCAAUUGAAAAACCAAAAACGAACCCACUAAAAUCAUAGGACAUGGAUAAGAUGUUGUUUUGCACUAUUUCACUACUCUAUAUUUGAAAACACGCUGCAUUCCCUCGAUGCUGUAAAGAACAGUACGCUGUUUUCUUGAGAAGGAUAACACUGAAGAGGUAAAGGAAGUGUACAAAUCCUCACCUGCUGAUUCCAGGAAACCCCUCCCCUCAUCCUUUUUUUGCCUUGACUGAGAAGUUAUUUGUUGUGUCAUGUGCAGUUGUUGAUGUUAAACUGUCCUCUUUGUAUCUGAUUUUACCUCUAACUCAUGAGUAGAUCCUUAAGAAACUAAUCUUUUGUCAAACCUUAUGUGCUUUUCAUUUGUUUCUUUUAUUUUUUUUACUAUUUUACUUUUUUUUUUAAAUAAAAUAAAUCUGUAUAUAUGAUCAUGAGAUUUACUUUUUCAGAAGAAACAAUGAUUAUUCCAGGAUGCCGUUCUCAGUCUUAACAGUGGGUGAUUAGCUGGGGGCAUGUUGCACAUUCCUUGAGCUCAGGACUUUUUGCUUGUUUUGUUUCAGUGGAUGCUGUGAGGUGCAGGUGAUCGCGUGUCUCCCCCCAGUAGAGCAAAUCAUGGUCUGAAGUCCUUUGCAAUGCUGGUUUAUAUUGUAUUUAAAGAAUUUCAGUCUGUUGUUUGGACGCUACCUUACAUUAUGUCCUUUCUCGUCAUCUUUUUAAGCAUGUUUUCUGUAUUAAACACGUGUUUUUAUGUUGGUAUGUGGAAUAGCUGCUGCAGGAAGAGGAAUACCUCCAAGUGCUGCAUGGGACAUAAUUUUAUGACAUGAUUAUUACACCACACAACACAUAAUAUGAACCUAACGACUGUACCAAAAACAACCCAAUAAAAAGGACAACACAGUGUAAAAUAACCGUGAAGCCCUGACUGGGACCAGAUGUGUUGUAUGACAAAUCUAAGUCAGCAGAAACAGUAAUCAGGCACUCAAACACACAGCGCCCUCCAUAUGUCCUGCCACCCCCUCGUUAAAGAUGUGUGAAAAGAAAAAUCAAUAAAAAAAUUAAUUAAAAUACAGCAAAUAUGUUCGUCUUUAUUACAGUGAUUAAAUCUUUCAGAAAUUUGGAAAAUGUAGAAUUUUUUAUUUAUCAUAUAUUUAUCAUAUUUAGUGGAAAGACGAAACAUUUUUUAUUACUCCCCACAAAAAUAAAUAUAAAAACAUAUUGGCAAUUUCAAUGAGUAAAAUGUAAAUGGAACAACUUUUCACUUUUUAAGUUAAUUAUAGUAAUUGUUAAUCUGUGAUGUCCUGUUUCCAUGAGCUAUAAAUAUAAGGUGACACAGGCCCCCUUAGCCACUUUUCAAAAAUGUGAAACACAAGAUAAUGUCAUUUAGGUAAGAGAAAUUACUCUAACGGUGUUUAUUCAUUAAACAACUGAAAAUUACAAACAAGGACCAGAGUUCAUCUUGUCACAAGACACAGCAAGAUCGAUAUUAAGGGAGAUAACAUAAUCUCUAAAACUCUCUAUUGGAGAGCUGCUGCAGAUUUUUCAUUUAGACAUUAUGUCCUUGCAAUAAUAAUAAAAAAAAUAUUUACUUUAAUCAUCUCAGUUUUUCCAUUUUUUUUUACUUGGUGCCAAUAAGUGUGGAGGGCGCUGCAUUCUUUCCUUCAUCCGUUUUGGUAUUCCGUGCUGCCAGAGCCUGGACAACCAUAGUCACUCCUCCCGAGCACACAACUGUUUUUCCACGGCAAUUAGCUGACAUAGCAACAUGUACUGUAUCCGGUCAGAAGGCCUGUCAGUGUACGACAGGGUUUCAUCUGCUUCCGACUCUGACCUCAGGUCAUUUCUGCAUUUUCAAGUCAAUUGAUCCCAUGCCUCUGCCUGUAAUAAGGACUACUUAUUUUCCUAGAGUGUGACCGUAUGUAGCAUGUACAUAGAUGAUCCCUCACUCUGUAUAUACAGAAAUGUACAGGUUUGAUACAGCUAUUCACAUUCUAGAUUUUUCUCCUUUUUUUUUUUUUUUUUGCUUUUCUUUAUUAAAAGUCUUAGCAAUAUUUCUGUAAUCAAUAAAAAGCCAUGGAAAUUGA